AUGUGCACUAAUGAGGCUGCACUGAUGGGCACUAAUAGGUGGCACUGAUGGGCACUGAUGAGGGAGUCACUGGUAGGCAUCACUGGGGGGCGGACUGACAACUCAUGGGGCCCCCGGGCAAUAGGGGAUCAUGGGGCCCCUGUGUCCUUGCCCAAACUCAAAAAAGCCUAUGAAAAAGGUACCAGGGGCAUCUCAUGGGGCCCCCUACUGACCCCGGACCCUUGGGCAGUGCCCGAGUUUCCAAAUGGUCAGUCCGCCCCU